AAUUAUCUUCUUGUCGCGUCCACCCAUCCAUCGCGUGACUUCGCGUUUCCAUCAAAUCGGCAAGUAGAAUAUUACUCACUUACACUUGCUUUUGUUUGGGUUUCAAUUUGAAAUGAUUGAUUUAAUUCGCCUGACAUCUUCGUAGCUUCGCAGAUAUGGAGGGACCUCCAGCGAAAAGAAGAAGAUUCUUCACAGAAAAAGCUGAGGGAUUGGAGUUUUCACAAGGGCAGGAGGCAAUAAAUGUACCAAACGAAAUCGACGCGCUGUCUCCAGCAAUUGAGAGUUCCACAAACGAAAUCGCAGACAAAGAUCCUCAAGAUGAUCCAGUCGCGGAGGAGAGAACUCCUGCUGAAGAAUCGCAGACUUCAUUCGACCAGGAAACGUUCGAAAACUUCAUUGGCGACAAAGUUACUUCAGAAGAACUGAAGGGGCUACGAGAAGCGUCCGGAAAUGAUAUCGAGAGGGCUGUGAAUAUGUACUUUGAUGGAUCUUGGAAACGGUCUACUGUUGUUUCGGGACUCAAUCGAUCUUCGUCGAACUCCAAAAACACCGUCAGUUCCUUCUUGAAGUCUGCCAAUGGCGGUUCUGUCAACGGCUCCAAACCAGCCUCUCCAGAGCCAAACGCCUCGUCGAGAACAGUCUCACCGCAUCGAAUCAUGCCAGAAUACCGGUAUAUAGGAGCUUUCGGGGUUGGAGGAUGGGCUACAAAGAGUGGAACAAAUCUCAUCAAGCAUGGCGAAGUUGUACGGAUAGAACGUCAAAAGAUACAACCACCCAAAGCACCGGCUGGAAGAGGGAAAGGCAAAACAUCAGUCGCACAACCAUUACUAAAACCUAAUAGUGCUGCAGCAAGGCGUGUCGAUGUCAUUGUACGCUUCACCAAUUCGAAAGGAUUUGAAGUCGGCCGUCUUCCUCGGGAAACCGCAAACUGGGUUUCUACCUUAAUUGAUCAAAGGAUAUGCAAGUUUGAGGGUACAUGUGUAUAUGCACCAGAAAGAAUUCGUACCAGCGACACUGUCUUUCUCCAACUCCGAUGUUCAUUAUUAAAGACUGCUUUCGAAGAUCGUGGUUUUCAGGUACCGGAUAAUCGAACUACUGGUCUUUUCGAAGAGAAAGAAAGUUCUGAAGAGAAGGAAUUAAGGCUACGCCAGGUUGCGUUGGUAAAAUUAUUUGAGGAGAUUAACCUGCUUCCCACGCAAACGAAUGAAGCAACAGCGAAACAUAAACGUCAGGGACUACUUAGUGCCGCGGAGGCAGCUGAACAUUAUGACAAGGACGAAUCGAAGGUUCCUGAUUCAGGUGCCCCGACUCCUCCAUCUGAAGAAGCAGAGGAGGGAAAGGAGCUUGAGCAAGACCAACUUGACACUCUAUACAGCAAAGCUCAAUCCUUUGAUUUCAAUGCUCCCGAGGCUGAGCCAGCAGAAAGUUUUGCGAUGGAUUUACGGCCGUAUCAAAAGCAAGCAUUGUAUUGGAUGAUGGCGAAGGAACGUGAUGAGAAAGAUAAUAAGAGAGAGGCCUCAAUGCAUCCUUUGUGGGAAGAAUAUGCUUGGCCUACGAAGGACAUGGAUGAUAACGAGGUUAUUCACGUGGUUGAUCAAGACAAAUUCUAUGUCAAUCCAUAUUCUGGAGCGCUUUCCUUGGAGUUUCCUCUUCAAGAACAACAUUGCCUUGGAGGUAUUCUUGCCGAUGAGAUGGGUCUAGGGAAGACUAUCGAGAUGAUGAGUCUUAUCCACUCAAAUAAGUCUGAUGUGGCUAUUCAACUCGACGAGAAACGCUCGAAAGCCACAUCCGUGAAUAAUUUACCUCGACUUCCAGCCAAUACGUCAUCAGUAGAAAGAGCUCCUUGCACAACUCUUGUGGUGGCACCAAUGUCACUUCUUGCUCAAUGGCAAAGUGAAGCCGAAAAUGCUUCUAAGGAUGGAACUAUGAAGAGUAUUGUUUACUAUGGAAGUGAUAAAACUGCAAACCUUCAGGCUCUUUGCUGCGAGGCUAAUGCGGCAUCGGCCCCUAAUGUUGUUAUUACAAGUUAUGGAGUCAUUUUAUCCGAAUUCAGUCAGGUUACUGCUAGGAACGGUGAUAGAGGCGGUCAUGGAGGCUUAUUUUCCCUUUCAUUCUUUCGGGUGAUUUUGGACGAGGCUCAUCAUAUUAAAAAUAGGCAGUCCAAAACUGCGAAAGCAUGUAAGUUAACUUGGACACCUAUUUAUAUCCCGGCAUCUUCGCCAUUUGCUAUCAAGAUUUUGAGAAUCCUUUAUACUAACUAAAUUUUCCAGGCUAUGAAAUCGCUGCCGAGCAUCGAUGGGCGCUUACCGGUACACCUAUCGUUAAUCGAUUGGAAGAUCUUUUCAGCUUGGUCCGAUUCCUAAGAGUAGAACCUUGGAGUAAUUUCUCCUUUUGGAAAACAUUUAUCACAAUUCCAUUCGAAUCCAAAGAGUUUAUGCGUGCCCUGGACGUCGUUCAGACAGUCCUUGAACCAUUAGUACUUCGUCGAACAAAAGACAUGAAAACACCAAGCGGUGAAGCUUUGGUUCCUCUACCAAAGAAGACUAUCGAUAUCGUCGAAAUCGAGCUGUCAGAAGCCGAACGCGACGUCUACGAUCAUAUCUUCACAAGAGCAAAGCGCACUUUUUCUGCCAAUAUCGAAGCAGGCACAGUCCUCAAAGCCUAUACCAGUAUAUUUGCCCAAAUCCUCCGACUUCGCCAAUCAUGUUGUCAUCCCAUUUUAACCCGUAACCAAACCUUAGUAGCAGAUGAAGAAGAUGCCGCUGAAGCGGCAGACGCCGCAAGUGGUCUCUCAGACGACAUGGAUCUUCAAAACCUCAUCGAGCGAUUCAAACUCAACGAAGAAGCAGUCGAUAACAAUAUUUUCGGCGCGCACGUUCUUGAACAGAUUCGUGAUGAAGCCGAAAACGAAUGUCCUAUUUGUUCCGAAGAACCAAUGAUCGAACAAACCGUUACAGGAUGCUGGCAUUCAGCAUGUAAGAAAUGUCUACUAGAUUACAUCAAACAUCAAACCGACAAAGGAGAAUCGCCUCGCUGUUUUAGCUGUCGUGAACUCCUCAACUCACAUGACAUAUUCGAAGUAGUAAAAGACGAAGGUCAUCCAGAAAGCAAAAACGGAAAACCAAAAAUAAGUCUCCAGCGAAUCGGCUCAAACGGAUCCGCUAAAAUCGCAGCUCUCUUAACCCACCUCAAAACCCUCCGCAAGGAAUCCCCAUCAACAAAAUCCGUCGUCUUUAGCCAAUUUACUUCCUUCCUCUCUCUAAUCGAACCAGCCCUAACUAGUUCCUCAAUCCCUUUCCUCCGUCUCGAUGGGUCCAUGGCUCAAAAAGCUCGAGCAGCAGUCCUUACACAAUUCAAAAAUAGUGAAAAAGGCGUAGUACUUCUCCUUAGUUUAAGGGCGGGAGGUGUAGGUCUUAAUUUGACGAUGGCAAAAAGAGUUUUUAUGAUGGAUCCGUGGUGGAGUUUUGCGGUUGAGGCACAAGCUAUUGAUCGUGUUCAUCGAAUGGGUCAAGUAGAUGAGGUGCUCGUCAAGAGAUUUAUUGUUAAGGGUAGUGUAGAGGAACGGAUGUUGAGGGUACAGGAGAGGAAAAGGUUUAUGUGAGUUUUUCGAGGUUUUUCUUUUCCUUCUUUUCCUAUGUUGUGCUUGAGAAAUAAAAAUGCGAUGCUAAUGUUUGUUGAUAGUGCGAGUUCGCUGGGUAUGAUGAGUGAUGAGGAAAAGAAAUUACAGCGAAUCGAGGAUAUUAAAGAACUCCUUUCUUAGUUGAAAUGAGGAUAUAGAUGGUUGUAUACCUAUUAUUGUAUUUGUCUAUAUUAGCUUCCUGUCCUAUACUACCUAGCAAAUUAAUCGGUUCUUGGGAGUUAAAUAUGUUAAAUAUGGAACAAAUAAAUAAAUAAA